UUCGUCUCAUUUGACCCUCGCGGUGCCUCUUACCACACGCCACAGUCACAUGACUAUCAGGAGGAAUUUGAGGAAAUAAACAUCAACAACAAACGAUUAUCGGGCAUAGAAAUUUACAUUUUUUUCUGGUAUUUUUACGCUUUCUUUAAAGAUGGAGUCAACCCUCGAGCAGCACCUUGACGAUACCAUGAAAAAUCCAGGUGUUUUGGGGAUUCUCUGCACGGACCAACAAGGACACAACCUGGGCUGUCGUGGAUCGCUGUCUGAUGAACAUGGAGGUGUAGUGUCUGUUCUGGCUAAACAAGCAGCUGCUCUCACCAGAGACCUAACAGACACACCGACCGUGUGCCUGGAGUCUGAGUCAGGGAACAUUCUGGUGAGAAGUCACGGGACGAUCACGGUAGCCGUUCACAAGAUGCAUGGCGAGGACAACGGGACGUCCUGGAGUUGUGUUGUAAAGAAAUGAUCAGUUGAAUUUAUGAUAAUGUCAUCCUGCAAAAAAAACAAGAGAGAGAAAAACUAUUUUCUAAAUAUUCUGGUUUUCUAUUUAAAGUAGAAGUGUAAUGGAGUUGCAUUGCUAUGAUGUGCACGUGUUGUGGUGAUUGUUGAAAGUCAUUCACAGAAAUAUGUCUCUUAAUAAACUUUAACUUGACUUUGA